UUCUUAACAAGUAUCACGUCAUUGAUAAAUAAAGCACUUUGUUAAAGAUCAGUGAAACAGCCAACGCAGUGAUCGCAUAACAUUUAAACGGUGAACAAAAUAAAGCAAAAGUAAGAAAUAGUGAUGUGUUUCUAAAAAUAAAUGGGAUUCGUGUGAAAUAGGAACAAUGGCCUUAAAAAUAAGUGGACUGAGUGUACAAGAUGUCGUGAAGGUGCUCGAAAGCAGUGACAUGAAUGAGUUCGUUGAUUUUGUCAAGGAGAAACAGAUAAACGGUGAAAAGUUAUUAGAUGUCUCUGAAGGGGUUGUGAAAGUAUGGCGUCCAAAUAUCAAUGCGAACAAAUUCAUACUUUUCGUUAAAGAUUUUAAAAACAAUCCGCAAAAAUUCCUUACUUGUUUGAAUAAUGAUGAUAUUGUCACGAUAAAAGAAACAAAUCUGUGCAGCGAAAAUCAAUACCAAACUGUUAGCGUACGCAAGAUAAGUCAACAGGAAACGAUCAACUUCAACACUGUUGAGGAGAUCUUGAAAAAGAUUACGGCUCCAAAAAGUUUUUUGUACAGAAAUCACACAAAAAAACAAGAACGAUCAUCUUACGUACCCAUGGAUGGUGGCUCAGGUAAGAAACCUAACAAAUUCUUUCGUCUAAGCUUGUACGAAUAUCCCAUUUUCGACCUCAAGUCACGUUUUUCGAAGACUGAUAAUUGUACUGACAGAGGUUAUUAUUCUGUUAAGACGGAUAAGACGUUUCAUAUUCAGAAAACUUGUAAAAAGUCAGAAUCGAGACCUAAAUACAAAUCUCUAACUACAGCAGAAGAAUUGAAUGAUAAAAUUACAGAAGAUCACUUUUACGAAGAUCUUUGUUACAAUGAUGUCACGGAAACAAAGAGAGAUAGUAUAAAAGACUUAAAUAAAUUUCCGACGAAUCAAGCAAAGCCUUGCAUCGUUAAAAUACAGGAGUUGUUCCAAUCUUUUAAGUUACCGUUCUUUAGAAAGACAGAAGUAGCCGUAGAAAGAGACGAAAAUAUAAAACAAAAUGAUAUACAAAUAGAAAGAGAAGGCAAUGUAUAUGAGAACAGCUCGAAUGAUAUGUACGACUCGAUACAUGUUGCAAGGGAAAAUUAUCCACAAACAGAUGAACCAGGUCCCGAGUUAGCUGCUGAUGAUUACUUGGAACCGGUGCAAGUUAGCAGGGAUUAUUGCGAUGUCUGUCUCAAGCAGAGAGACGAUUCGUUGCUCGGAUUUAUUAUGAAUUACUUCGAGAGUCGACUCGGCAUCAAGCGAGAAACAAACGAUGUCACACACUCCGAAGAAUCAGAGACAGAGGCGUCUUGCGAAAGGGAAUGGGAGCGUAACAACAUGGCGGCCCGGCCGUUACCGGUGCCGGUGGAGAACGAGCCGUUUUACAUGAGCAUCGACAGGACGGAGGCAGAAAACCUUUUGAUGGGACAACCGGAUGGGACGUUCAUAUUGAGACCCUCGAGUCAGCCAAACCACGCGUAUACACUGAGCGUGUCUUGUGCUAACUCGGUCCACAACGUUGGUGUAAGGCGGCGACCAGAUGGGCGACUGGCGCUUGGCUUCGCUCGACGUGGCGAACGAAGCUUCACCAGUGUGGCUUCAUUGCUACGACACCAUAAGAAGAAGAGGCUCCUACUGGUAGCGGGCGGAGAGAUGAUUGGGGCGACUACACUCAAUGAGACACCGCAGUACUAUCAGAUUCCAAGCAAUCUUCCCGUCAUGCGUUGCUCUUGAUUUGACAAUGAAAUUGUUAAUUUGUAUAGUAUACUUUAUUUUCAUAAUGGCCGGUUUCUAUAUUUAAAUGAAAUUUAAUGUCCAUCAGAAGCCGAUCGUUUGUGAGUUGUGAGUAUUGAGGCGUUAAAAUCAUGCGACUUCGUAAUUUACGCUUUUGAAUUUCGAAGGAAAAUUAACAAUUUUUAAUAUUUGUGUAAAAUAUAUUUGUAUCAAUGUCGAUCAAGAGGUAAAGAACGAGCGAAUCUGCCUCAAGCCUAGACCUAUCCGCCCACUCUAACUUAUAUUAUAAAUAGGAAAGUAAGUUUAUUUCUGUGUUACACUUUCAUGUUUGAAAUUUGACAUACCAUUCACAACUAAAUUUGACAUACAAUUAUGAAAUUUUCCAUACGCAUUAUGAUAUCUAACACCUGCCUCUACUUCAACACGGACGAAGUUUCGGGCGGAAACAAAUAAAUGCGUAAAGAGAUGGGCGACGAAGCUUAUUAACGCUGUUUAGAUUCUAUACAUUUGAUAAUUUUUGAAUAGUCUCUAUGCCUCUUUGCAUUAGGGAUUCUAGAUAGCGUGGAUAAAAUCGAUAGAGCAAAGAAUAAACCAAUGGGGACUCUUCAGAAUCCUUUGUUUGAAUAGGCAAUUGUCUUGAUUUCUGUAUGGAAACCCAUCGAAUGACCCUUUCAGAAACAAUGUAGAACAGACCGAUGCGAUAUCUCGUUUAAUAAAACAAUUGUCGACUCGUUGAUCAAUCAUUUUGGUCACGUGAUUAUUCUGAAUACGUCAUUUUCUCUUUGAUCUUAUCUCCAAACGAAUUCUUCGAUAGGUUUGUGGUUAUGCAUAAAUCAUUUAAACUGAAACUAAGCACAUGCAUUGUGCUUGCUCCGGUUUGAACUCUUCGACUAGAAUUUAGGUACUCCAACCACUAAGGCAUA